AUGAUGAAGGUGAUUGCAUACCUCCUCAUGUCGAUAAUCACGACUUUCUUCGUCCAUUCUGCACUGUUUCUUUCCUUAGUGAAUGCAAUAUCCUCUUCGGAUCAAACCUCAAACUUGAGGAAAACGGUGAUUAUUCGGGUGGUUUCAUACUCAUUACCGCUUCCAAUUGGAUCCGUGCUUGUGCUAGACGACAAUGGAGUAAUGUAG